AACUGUGCAAAAUUCGCUGCUCCGACCAUUCCUAAACCCCUAACCUAGGGUUCCACGCCUCUCGCUCCCGCACCAUGGCGACCACUCCGCCGGCGGCGGUGGCGGAGGGUGCGGCGAUCCUGGACACGCUCGGUGACUUCACGUCGCGGGAGAACUGGGACAAGUUCUUCGCGCUCCGUGGCACCGGCGACAGCUUCGAGUGGUACGCGGAGUGGCCGCGCCUGCAGGCCCCGCUCCUCGACCUCCUCCGAGGUUGCAGCGCCCCGGCGGAGGCGGUGGAGAUCCUGGUGCCCGGGUGCGGGAACUCGGCCAUCUCGGAGCGGCUCUACGACGCGGGGUUCCGCCGCAUCACCAACGUCGACUUCUCACGCGUCGUCGUCGCCGACAUGCUCCGCCGCCACGCCCGCGUGCGUCCCGAGAUGAGGUGGCGCGUCAUGGACAUGACCGGCAUGCAGUUUGCAGAUGGGUCAUUUGAUGUCAUACUUGAUAAGGGAGGAUUGGAUGCUCUUAUGGAGCCAGAGGUUGGGACGAAACUGGGGAUGAAAUAUCUAAAUGAGGCCAAGAGGGUUCUGAAAUCAGGAGGCAAGUUUGUGUGCCUUACCCUUGCAGAAUCCCAUGUUUUAGCGCUACUUUUGUCUGAGUUCAGAUUUGGAUGGGAUAUGAGUAUUCAAGCUAUAGCUAGUGAACCCUCUAAAAGAUCUGCCUUCCAGACCUUCAUGGUAGUCAUGGUAAAAGGGAAGAUGGGUGUAGUACAAACAAUAAAAUCAUUAUUGGAUCAGUCUGCUGAAUACUGUAACAUGAAACAGGCAAAUGCUGUGAUUCGUGCUCUUGGAAACGAAAACAUCAUCCGGGAGUCAUACACUUCUGGUGUUGAUGUGCUCCUCUCAUUGCGUGAUCUUCAGCUAGGAGCUAUAGGAGAUCUGAAGGUGAUUGUCCCAGGACGAAGGAAGCAGUUCAUUCUUGGUGAACAGGGAAGUUCACUCUAUUGCUACAAGGCUGUUUUACUGGACACCAAGAAGCAAACUGAAAUAUUUGUAUACCACUGUGGAGUUUUUAUUGUGCCUAAGGCUCGAGCUCAGGAAUGGCUAUUUGCUUCAGAAGAAGGGCAGUGGCAUGUCGUUGAAAGUGCAAAGGCUUCCCGUCUAAUUAUGGUUUUCUUGGAUAGCAGACAUUCAAAUGCUGACAUGGAUGUUAUUAAGAAGGAUUUAUCUCCCCUUGUUAAGGAUCUAGAGCCUGGAAAUCCUGACGAGGAGGCCCCUAUACCGUUCAUGAUGGCUGGCGAUGGUGUGAAACAAAGAGAUAUUCUGCAAGAGGCAACUUCAGAAAUAACUGGUCCGAUGGUUGUGGAAGAUGUUAUAUAUGAAAAUGCUGAUGGAGACCAAAGUUCCAUGUCUGAGAAAAUCUUCCGGCGCCUUAUUUUCAAAAGAAGUUCUGGCUUAGUGCAAUCUGAAGCGUUGCUAAUCAGAGAUUCUCCCGGUGAUGAGACAGACAAAAAGACCAAAAGUGCAUCUGCAACAUCUAAAAAAAGAAGGAACCAGAAAAGGGGAUCCAAGAACAGUCUGAGAAUCGACCAUAGCUUUCUUGGUAGCUCUUAUCACAGCAGUAUCAUAUCCGGGCUUUCCUUAGUUGCAUCUGCGCUGAGUGCUGCUGCAGCAUCUGGAGCAAAAGUCAGCACCACUGUUAUAGGUCUUGGUGCAGGUUGUUUCCCAAUGUUUCUCCGUGGAUGUCUCCCUUUCAUAGAUAUCGAGGUUGUGGAGUUGGACCCCAUGGUAGCUGAGCUAGCAAAGAAAUAUUUUGGCUUUUCAAUGGAUGAACAAUUGAAGGUGCAUCUGGGCGAUGGAAUCAAAUUCGUUGAAGACAUUGCUGCCGGGAACCUUAGGACUACAGCCCAUUCUGUAUCGAAUGGCAGUGACAAUGCGGUCAAAAUUCUUAUCAUCGAUGUUGACUCAUCUGAUCUAAGCUUUGGGCUAUCUUGCCCGCCAGAGAACUUUGUUGAAGAUUCUUUCCUUUUGCUGGCAAAAGAGUUCCUUUCAGAAGGCGGUCUUUUUAUCAUAAAUUUAGUCUCACGAUCAUCUUCAGUCAGGGAAAUGGUUGUCUCACGACUGAAAGCAGUCUUUGAAUACCUGUACUCACUGCAACUUGAAGAAGACGUAAACGAGGUUCUAUUUGUGUCCCCAAGUGAGAGAUACCUGGAAAUCAAUAACCUUGAUGCAGCGGUAACCAAACUGAAGGAUUUACUGAAAUUUCCGGUGGAUGUAGAUUCGGAUAUAAAGAAGUUGCAGAGGCUCCAGUAAUAGUCUCAGACUCUCGCUAAACACCAUCCAUUUGUACCCAACGCAUCCCUAGACAUGUUUCCCUUUUUUUUUUUUUGUCUUGCCAACUUUGUUUGGGUACAACAGUGUGCAUCUGUACAAAGUUACAAGAGGUGAGUGGAGAGAAUAGAAUGUGCAUCAUGAGUCUAGGGAUGGCAAUGCCCCCCUGAGGCCGUAUAAGGGUAAAAGCUCGUCCUGUCUCUGGCCUUGUUGGAUCCCUGAGCUCCGACGGCCCCUGGUGAGCGGUGAGCAGACUGAGUGGAGCAACUGCGUGCGAGCGCGGUGAGCGGCGGACUCGGGCCCCUAUGGACAUCUGUGAGGAAAACUCUAUCCUUGCCCUUGCCCAGACUUGUACUAGGGGCCUUGACCUGUGAGUUCCGUGGAGAAAAACUCGUCUCAUCCCUGCCCUUGAGCCACGUGGGGGAAAACUUAUCUUGUUUUUCGGGUGGAUCUUCAUCUCUACGGAAAAAUUGUUUCCCUAAUCAUGACUGAUCUUGGUUGGUUGACAAUUUUUGGCAAAUCUAUGAAGGAAGGUUGGGUUGAUUUGUCA